UGGUGACUGCAGCAGGUUCUGGGAGGGAUCAAGCUUUCUGGAUUUACCAAGCUCACCUUUGCGCUCAGGUGUCACAGUGAAAGUCAUUUCUAUUCCUCCUUCGCGUCUCAGCCUCACAUCGCCCUCCGCGCUGCCCUCCGGCUCAGUGCAGUAUCCCCUCAGGUUUUUUUUAUUUCAGGGUCGUGUUCGUUCAGAUGACGGCGCAGGUAGACUACCUGGUGGUGGUUUUCACCGCCACAUCUGGAGCGAGCGGAGAGCUGCUGGGUUCUGACGAGAAGGACCUGGACCGGCUGGUCUGGCAGCUGGUCAAUGUGAACACCAAAACGUUGGGCAGGGUGAAUGAGAUCCUCAUUAGGCCUGACCUCUCAGACUCCACAGAGGAAAAGUCAGAUGAAGAUGUGGUGGUUGAGUGUAAAGAGGAUGAGUCUUCCUCCGGAGCAGACUGCAUGUACACUGCAGCAAGUCUUGACAGUGGUUUAAAUAUGUUCAAUCUGCAGCUGACAAAUGAGGUGAACAGUGCGGGCGCGGGCACGUCGUUGUGUUUGUGUACGGACGGGCAGCUCCAUAUCCGUCAAGUGAUUCACCCAGAGGCCGCCAGCAAGAACAUCCCGGUCCCAGACUGUUUCUACUCUUUCUUUGACUUGCGGAAAGAGUUCAAGAACCACUUCGCCACCUCUGACCUCAAGGCUUUGAAUGCACACGUCAUGGCAGAGUCUCUUAGCCUACCUGUCGACGUGUCCUCCAUGUGGGAUCCCUCGGCCAAUCAGGAUCCUCUGCCUGCAGAAGUGGCCGUGCAGCAGGUCCAGCUUAUGACCAGCAUUGUUCUCUCUCUGCUCUCUGAGCCAUACUGUCACAGUUUUUGCAACCCAGAGAGAGUAAAUGAGAGAUUUGAAGGUGGCACUUGCAGUAAGAUGGAGAAAGUGUGCGAUAACACGGUGAUCAGAGCCAGAGGGUUGCCAUGGCAGUCUUCUGACCAGGACAUCGCUCGGUUCUUUAAAGGCCUCAACAUUGCCAAAGGAGGAGCCGCUCUGUGUCUCAACGCUCAGGGCAGGAGGAAUGGAGAAGCACUUGUUCGUUUUGUCAGUGAAGAGCACAGAGACUUAGCCUUGCAGAGGCACAAGCACCACAUGGGCAACAGAUACAUUGAGGUUUACAAAGCAACGGGAGAAGACUUUCUGAAGAUAGCAGGAGGUACCUCAAACGAGGUAGCAAUGUUCCUGUCCCGCGAGGACCAGAUCAUAGUGAGGAUGCGAGGACUCCCCUUCAACGCCUCGCACGACGACGUUCUCCGAUUUUUCUCACCAGAGGACGACUCUAAAGAGACGUGUCCCAUCAGCGGAGGGAAGAACGGCAUCCUCUUCGUCCGCUACCCGGACGGACGACCGACGGGAGACGCUUUCGUGUUAUUUGCCUGUGAGGAGCACGCUCAGUGUGCUCUGAGGAAACACAAGGAGCUCCUGGGGAAGAGAUACAUUGAGCUGUUCAAAAGCACGGCAGCGGAGGUGCAGCAGGUGUUGAACCGGUACUCCUCCGCCCCGCUGAUCCCUGUUGCCCCGGCCCCCCUGGUGUCAGUGCUGCCCACGGUUUCUCUCCUGCCUCCUCCUGGCGGUGUGAGGGACUGCCUCAGGCUGAGGGGCCUACCGUACACGGCGAGCAUCGAGGAUAUCCUCACCUUCCUGGGCGAGUUUACACAAGAUGUCAGACCACAUGGUGUGCACAUGGUGCUCAACCAGCAGGGCCGUCCGUCGGGCGACUGCUUCAUCCAGAUGACCUCAGCAGAGCGGGCGCUGCAGGCCUCGCAGCGGCUCCACAAACACGUGAUGUCCAGCCAGCGCGGGGCGAACAGCCGCUACGUGGAAGUGUUUCCCUGCAGCACUGACGAGAUGGGCCUGGUGCUGAUGGGAGGCUCACUCUCACACACGCACACACACACACACAGCCGGAGCAGGAGUGGGACAGGGCUCAGCCCGCCGCCAUGUAAGUCCAGACGUUUAUCUCCUCCAUCGUACUCUUUCACUCCAGUUCAACAAAUCCUCCCCACGGACGCAGUUGCAACUGCCCUUUACCCUCCUAUGGGGCAGAUGUUGCUGGCUCCCCGUCCCUUGCACCCCGGACAUCCUUACUACCCCGCAUCAGCUCAGCUGUACAUGAACUACGGAGCUUACUACCCCAGUCCUCCUGGCUCGCCUACAACUCUGGGUUUCUUCCCGGCCCACUCCUCCAUGUCUUCCCCUGGAGGGUUGGUGCGGAUGCCUGGCCUUCCCUACAACGGCAGCGGCGUUAAAGACCUCAUCAACGCUGUGCAGGGAUAUCAGUACGCUCCAGAGGAUGCUUUCAUCCACGCUCACGACCCGGCUAGGACGUUUCUUACGCAGCCCAAAGAAUGGGGUCCUGUGGAGUCUGUCUCUCUGCUGACCAGCAGUCUCAUGGGUCAGACCGGCGGAGGAGAAACUCCUCUUAUGUCCCUUCCUCUCAUCACAAAGCCCGGGGGCCACCAGUACCUGGAUCUGACCCUACUGUAGCGUCGCACAGAAAGUGUAUGCAUAUGUGACAACGACUUGUUAGUUUGUGUUUUUUUUUAAGUCUUUUAGAAAUCUUAUUUAUAUUAUUAGGUUAAAAAAAUUUAUGUAUUUUAUACCAAAUUUACUGCAGCCUUAGCCAAAAAUAGCAAUUUUUUUAUAUAUAUUGCACAUUAUCUGUAUGUUUAAAAGCUUUAUAGAGAUUUUUUUUAAACUUGUUUAGUUACUGGAAUCAUUAUAUCUGCCAGCCAAACUAGAGAAGUAUAAUCUAGUAGCAACUGAGCUCAGCCUUUUCUCCAAGCUUUUCUGUGAAGAGUGAAAGUGACUGUGUGAAAGAGAUGUGAAUGUGAAUAUUACGCAUGAAUAUUGUGUUUAUAUGCAUAUGGAGACAAGUAUGCAGUGAUUGUAUUGAAAGCUGUAGUGCAUAAAGAAGUACUGUAGUAAAACUUAAGAUGUUUACAUGAUGCUAAAUACCAAUGCACUGCUAACGAGUAGAAAUGUAAAGACGAAUAAAGAUGCAGUAUCUUCUGAUGGCAAACGUUUGCUAAGGGUGGUUCAGAUCCAGAAAACGACAAAAGCGGCAGAUUAAUGACGGGAUUUUCAAAUAGUGAUUGAAAUGAAGCUUGCAAAACAAAAUCAAACAAACCUGGAUGUGUCUCUGGUUGCAGCAUUCAGGAAGUCUGCAAGUUUAAUGCAAGACAUGCAAAUACAGAUCCAUCUCAAUAAAUAUGAAUAUUAUUGAAAAGGUCAUUUUUAUCAGCAGUUUGGUUCAAAACCGAUACAUUAUAUAAAUUCAUUGUAGACCUUUUUAAAUGUUGAAGGCCAAUGAAAACACAAAAUGUUUUUUCAAAAAGUAUAGAAGUAUUUUUAUUUCCUGCAGUUAAUAGUUUUCCACCAGUAACUGAGAGAAUCCACAAAGUGGAUUAGCCACAAACGAUUACUGCCAAACAAGAGGUCUUGUAUCAAGGCUUCUUAAUUUAAAGUUAAGUGGAAGAAAAAAAUGUGGUAAAUAAGUGGUACACAACCAAUAGGGUUAACGUUCUCCCUUUUUGAAAAUUAUGAAGAAAAAACUUAUUUUGAUGGGAUUCACAAUUCAGAAACAUGCAGAAACAUUCAUUGUGUUGGGGGGAGGAGAAAGGAGCAAGCUGUUUUCCUCAAAUGAAAGAAACUGAUUGUUCAGAGUGCUGCAUCCAUUCAAAAUGAAGGAAAACUUAGUGGAGGAAUAAACUGAGACGGACAAGCGAACGGAGUGACGUUUCUCUAUUUAAAAUGUUUUUAUAUUUGAUCUAAAUUUUGGGUUCUCAUUAAUCCAUCAUCAAAAUGAUCAGAAAAAGACACUUGAAGUAUGAGUUUCAUCGUUUGAAUUUAGUUUCCAUUGGCAUUUUGUUUUAUUGAGAUGCACCUGUAUUAUUCUUACUCAUUUCAACAGAGUUCAGUCUUCUGGAUAACACACCCUAUUCUGUUUCUGGACAGUGUUGCAUCACUGUGUUUUUUUUCUCAUGGUCAUCCCAACCUUUGAUUCAUGCAGAAAUAAUUCUGUCUUGUGAAAACUCAAACACUGGUGUCUUCAUUAAUACCGCUGCUGAUUUACCCACAACACAUCCCCCCUGCUGGGAAUCUGGACCAACCAUAUUGUGUGUCUGACUCCGGCAUCAGACUCACUUCACAGAAAUGUGUCGUCUCUCCUCCUUUCUGUUGUUUCUAUUUUUGUAGGUUAAUGCCAACGCUGCUUUAGCGUCUUGGUUUCUUCUCCUUCAACAUGUGAUUCUCAGUGCCUUAACCCCAAAGUUUGCUUUAAUCUAGAUUAACUGACUCAAACGAAUGAAUCUCAGGAAUCCGAGGAGGUCCCUGUUCGAUUUCAUUAGCUCUUGUUCUUAUGAUCCAACGUGUCUCGUCUUUUCUCCACCAUCUGCAGUGACAGUGUGAAAUAUGAUUGAACAAAACCUGUUCCUUGUUAUCUCUUUAAAUCGUUUGUACAUUUUUUAGAAACAUUGCUUACUGAAGGACAUGUUUGACAUAUGUCUCAUAAGUUUUGUCAUGUGUGCCAUGCAGAGUUAAUGUUUAGAAUCAAUAUUUUCUGUAUACACGUGUCCAAAAGCAGGAAGUCCUGCUGCAGACAUACUGAAAACAAAACAAAACAAAAAAAAAGCAAUAAACAUAAUGUUGUGAA